ACAAUAAGGUGCAUGGGGCUCGUUUAAUGUUAGUGAACAUCUGUUCUACGUCCACGACAGGCUACUGUUAAAUACGUUGACGUAAUGGGGUUUCAACAAUCUGUUUUCAAGACAAUACGUGUUUGCAUAUCAACAUGUCGAAGAACUGAUUAUCAGAAAUAGAAAACGUACUCCUCUAGAAACAUGACGGAUGGAGUAACUACAAAUUAUGACUAUUUGAAACAUAAAAAAGAGGCUCUUGAGAUGUUAAAAAAGAGAAUUGGGCCUUCAGUCGGUACACCUUUGAAUGUGGCAGUGAUUGGGACACCUGGAGUGGGGAAAUCAUGCUUUAUAAACACUAUGAUCACCAGCAUGGUAGGCGAGUACCGAGAGUGGAGCAAGACUGGAGAUUCUGGGGGAUGUGGUACAAGUGUAACAUCCCGCUUGACUACGAUACCUAGGGAAACAUACGUGGAUGUAGCCAGUAAAGAAACACGUCAAUACAAUUUCCCAAACUUUCUGGUUAUUCCUGGGAUUGAAGAUUUUAAUGACGAAACCACGGAGAAACUUCUUGUUCUGAUUAUCUUCGGAAGAAUCCCGUUAAAUGUAUCGCUUGCUGAAGUUGCAGAAGAGAUCAGGGAUUUUGAUCCGUCGUAUAUCGAUGAAGUUUACCCCGCAACACCCGAAGUUGCAAUGCAUAAGAUAGACAGAAUAAUCUUUGUUGCUUCUGCAGCAAAUUCAGUUCUGCCUACCGCCUCAUGAAUGCUAUAUCAACAGUAUUAUGGAAGGAAAGAGAUAUUCCUAUCUUUGGCGUGUUGACAAAUGAAGAUAGAAAGAAGAACAGUGGUGACUUUGAAGAACUUGAAAAAAACUUCAAAUGGUCCCUUCAACUAUCUAAACUACAUUACUUCGUUUACACAACUUAUUGUGAUGACAACAUAGACGAAAUAAAACGUGGGGAAGCAACAUGUAAACCACAUUUAGACCUUCCUGUCCUGAAGUUCCUUUUACAGGUUUUUCCUUUUGUUCACCUCGGCGAGUUCUGUCCCUUUAUGGAAUUUUCUUGACAGCAAGCAUGGCAUCCAAACAAGGUGGACAGCAGAUAGACAUUGGACAGUUACCUAUCCCGCAGCUGAAUCAACUCGUCCAACAAUUGGAGCAAGAAAUUGAGCUCUUUACGAAUUCCCUGAAUCAGCUGAAGCUUGCCCAGCAGAAGUUUUUAGAGUCUCAGGAAUGUUUGAACAAAGUCAAUCCAGAGAACAACAGUAAAGACAUCCUGGUGCCCCUGACCAGCUCAAUGUAUGUUCCAGGACAGCUGAGUGAUGUUAAAAAGGUAUUGGUGGAUAUUGGAACAGGGUACUAUGUAGAAAUGGAAGUAACCAAAGGAAAGGAGUAUUUCAAAAGAAAGAUUGACUAUGUCACCAAACAAAUGGAGAAGGUACAACCCCUGCUUGCUGAAAAGUACAAAAUGAAACAAGUAACCGUGGAGAUCUUACAGCUUAAAAUCCAGAACCAGGUGCAGGCCCAACAGCAGGGAGGCGGUACAGUUAAAGCGUGAUCGUUGUUGCUGAGCAACGAAGGAUGUGCACUACUGACGAGAAUCGCCUCAUGCUGUAGAGACUUGUAGACUUUCAGGACUUUUUGCUUCUGACAUGUUCAUGUCUUCAUAUGUCAACAUACACGCUGUUGUAUUAUUAUGUGUUCUGUAUUAUAAAGUGAACAAAUAAAUUAUAAAAUGUCAA